AUGGAUACAUCAUUUGCAGUGAGGUCUUAUCUCCUGGUCCUUCUACUCUCUCUUCAUCUACACUUUCAACCUCUUGUUUGGGCCGCAAUGGACUCCUGUUAUGAGAAAGAGGGCACCAUGAGUCGUUGCUUGCCCAAGUUUGAGAAUAUUGCCUUCAAUCGAACUGUGGAGGUAUCAAAUGUGUGUGGUUCCCCACCUGAGGAGUACUGCAUGCAUACAGGCUCUACACGCUCAUGCCACUACUGUGACGCAUCAGACCCAGAACUGAGCCACAAUGCCAGCCUCCUGACAGACUUCAACAGGAAUGAGGAGCCCACGUGGUGGCAGAGCCAGUCCAUGUACUAUAAUAUCCAGCACCCCAAUUCUGUCAACCUCACACUCCGCCUGGGGAAGGCCUUUGAGAUAACCUACAUUCGAUUGAAAUUCUACACCAUUCGGCCGGACAGCUUCGCCAUCUACAAGCGCACAGAGGAGGACGGGCCCUGGUUGCCGUACCAGUAUUACAGCAGCUCUUGUAGCAAGACCUAUAGGAAGGAUGCCAAGGCUUUCAUCCGCCCAGGAGAUGAUGAGAGAAUCGCUUUAUGUACAGAUGAGUUCAGUGAUAUAUCCCCCCUCAGUGGAGGAAACGUGGCUUUUUCCACCCUAGAGGGACGUCCCAGUGCAUACAACUUUGACCAAAGCCUGGUGUUGCAGGAAUGGGUGACAGCCACAGACCUGCUCAUCUCUUUGGACAAGCUUAACACCUUUGGAGACGAGGUCUUCAAGGACACUAAAGUGUUGCGCUCGUACUUUUACGCCAUCUCGGAUUUCUCUGUGGGUGGCAGAUGCAAGUGUAAUGGUCAUGCCAGCGAGUGUAUUGAGGGGGAACAUGGCGGCCUGGUCUGUGUCUGCCAACAUCACACAGUAGGAGCUGACUGCCAGAAAUGUCACCCCUUUUACCAGGACAGACCCUGGGCCAGGGCCACUGGGGACUCCGCCAACGAGUGUUUGAAGUGCAACUGCAGUGGGAGAUCAGAGGAGUGUGUGUUCGACAUGGAGCAGUACCGGAGCACUGGCAGUGGGGGGCGCUGCGUGAACUGCAGGGACAACACUGAUGGGCCCCACUGUGAGCGAUGCAGAGAGAACCACUACAGGAGAUCUCCUGAAGAGCAGUGCCUGCCCUGCAACUGCAAUAUCAAUGCGUCAGUGAGUCUACAGUGUGAUGAAGAAGGAAAGUGUACGUGUCAAGCUGGCGUGACAGGGGAGAAGUGUGACACGUGUCAGGCUGGUUUUCACUCGCUUGGCCCCGCUGGCUGCAGGACAUGCAAGUGUGACCCCAGCGGGAGUGUGGGCGACUGCUCUCCUCUGGAUGGACGCUGUCACUGUAAGCCAAACGUGGAGGGACAGAGCUGUGGCAGAUGCAAACCAGGUUUUUUCAACUUUCAACAAGUAAACCCAGCAGGCUGCCAGCCGUGUUUCUGCUCUGGCCACUCUCUGGCCUGCGUCUCGUCCAAUAACUAUGCAGCUUUCAACAUCACUUCUGACUUCAUUGAAGGAGAGGAUGGCUGGGUGGGAGAGUUCUCUGGAGGGCAGAAGUACUCCCUGCAGUGGAAGGAAGGAGAAGUCUACCUGCUGCCUCUCUCAGAGGAAGACACUGGCUUCUACAAAGCCCCUGAGAAAUUCCUGGGCCGCCAAGUCUACAGCUAUGGCCAGCUCCUCUCCAUCACCUUCACCUCCGAGACCCCCGAGCUGCUCCCCAACCACGUCACUCUGUUCCUCCAAGGCUCUGGAAUCACCGUGUCAGCCGACCUUUCACCCCAGCCGGUGCUAGACUAUGACCUAGGCCUCACACCGAGGAACUUCUGGAUUGUCAGGCUUCAUGAAAAUGAGAUGAGAUUUAAACCUCAGUUGUCUGCCUUUGAGUUCCAUCGUCUCCUUUACAACCUGACAGCCAUCAGAAUCAGCAAUGCAGGAGGACACGACUACACAUCGCAGCUCGCAGGAGUAAGUCUGACCUCAGCUUUCAGCUCCUCUGGACCAGCAAGCCCGUCUGCCCCAUGGGUGGAAUUUUGUGACUGUCCCCCAGGUUUUACAGGCCAGUUUUGUGAGCAGUGUGCUAGUGGAUUCACCAGGGAAAUCCCUGGCGGAGGGCCUUUCUCAACAUGCGUGCCGUGCAAAUGCCAUCACCAUGGAACCUGUCAUCCAGAGACAGGUGUGUGCGAGUGUUCAGACUUCACCACUGGGCUGACCUGUGAGCACUGCCUGGAUGGUUACUAUGGCAACGCAUUGAUUGGCACACCAGGUGAUUGUCAACCUUGCCCUUGUCCGGACCGUACCAGCUGUGCCCAAAUUGCACAUACAGGACAGGUGGUCUGUACCAACUGCCCUACAGGACAGACAGGGAUCCGCUGUCAGAUGUGUGAGGACGGUUACUAUGGUGACCCACUGGGAAGAUCUGGGGCAGUACAGCCCUGUGUUAGAUGCGACUGUAAUGGCAACGUGGACUUUAACGCUUUGGGAAUAUGUGACCACAUCACGGGGCGAUGUUUGAAAUGCCUGGGACACACAGAGGGCGACCACUGCCAACACUGCCAGCGAGGUUUCUACGGUGACGCCCUGAACCAGACCACUGCCCAGAAGUGCAAAUCGUGCGACUGCAGUCCUGCCGGAACCUACGGGUAUGUAAAUGAAUGCCACCCUCAGACUGGAAGUUGCCGAUGCCUCGGUCACGUGACUGGACGGGAUUGCAGUUACUGUGAAGUUGGCUUCUUCAACCUCCAACACGGUGUAGGAUGUGAGAGGUGCAAGUGUAGUCCAAUUGGCUCAUCGUCCAUCGUGUGUCAUCCAAUCACAGGCCAGUGUGUGUGUCGUGCAGGAGUUGAGGGGAGACUGUGUGAGUCUUGCCGUGUGGGCUUCUUUGGAUUCUCCUCACGAGGUUGCAGAGCCUGUAACUGUGACCCUAUGGGCUCCAUUUCCAUGCAGUGUCACAGUAAUGGUACCUGCCACUGUCGUGAGGGCUUUGUGGGUUACAAGUGUGACAAAUGUGAGUUGAACUACUUCCACAACAGAGUCACUCACCAGUGUGAGGAAUGCCCGGUUUGCUAUGGCCUUGUCAAGAAGCAGGCAGAAAAGCUGAGGACUCGUCUGCAGGAUUUGGAGAAGCUCCUGGCUCACUUUGAUUGCCGAGGUAGAUUUGGGAAGCAGCACCACCUGCUGAAGAAUCACAUGGGCAAGCUUUAUGGGCAUGAGCACCAGGGGGAGGAUACUCUACCAAAUGCUCUGGAGGAUUUUCUGGCCUUCCAAGAGGCACGGGAGGCCUUCAUAAAACAAUUUUCCUUGCUGGAAGCUUCUACAGGCACACUCUUAGCCCAGUUGGAUGGCAUUACAUCUACUUUGAACUGCAGCAUCAGCAUGAGAAAGGAAGAGGGGAUGGAGAGGAGGAAGGAUGAGGGGAGCAGUGGUGUCUGUCAAACCUUCACAGAGACUGUGCUCGUGAUCAGAGCAUCUCAGACACGGCUAAAGCAGGCAACGCUGGACCUGGACAACAUGAUCAUUCCUUUUGAGUUGGCUUCAGGAUCUAACAAAUGGAACAUCAUGGUCAAUGAGUCACAGGUGCUAAUGAAAAGUCACAGAGAAACGGCGGACCACAUUGAGGCCAUAGCCAGCAGGGCGGUAAAAGCCUCAGAGCAGACCUUCAGUUUCCUGAUGGAUCUACUGCAGGACAACUCCACAGAGGAGUACAUCAGGAAACUAACGGAGCAAAUAGCACAAAUGCAGCAGCAGAAGGAGAACCUGACUGCGCAGGUGAAUGAUACCAUUGCCCAACAGCUGGCACUGGACGAGGAAGCUGCUAGUUUCGAGCUUGCCCUGGGUAACAUCACAUCAUCUUUACAUCAGCUGGCUCUGACAGAUGCCAGCCCAUCACCAGAGCCUGACCAAAUACAGCUCAACCAAACACAUCCAGCCAGCAACGCAACAGAGUGGGGCGCGAACUUGCUAAAAGAGACAGAAGAGCUGGACCGGCACAUUCAGAGCAAAGACGAUCGCAUUGGCAAAACCAGAGAUGAGAUGGAGCCUCUAAUACAGACUGUCAAUAAGAACCUGGAGACUGUGAAUGACAUGGCUGAGCUUCAAGCUCGCGCUCAAGGGGCAAAGGCCAUUGCUUUGUCGUCUGUGGUGUCAGGUAAGGAGGUGGAAUCAGAGACCAUCACCCUGCACAGAGAACUAGAAAACAUGGUGAAGGAGUGGACCACCCAUCGGCAGAACCAGACAAAGCAUGCGAUGAAGAAGGAGAAAUUAAUUCAGGAAAAGGUUCUACCUCUUGUGAAGAAAAAGGUCUCACAGAGUAAUAAGACACUGAAACCAGCUCUGGAGAACUCCAGCCUCUCCAAAAACAUCUCGAAGGAGGCAGAACACACUGCAAAUGCUGUAGCAAAGGAAACAAAAGACAUUCUGACUAAGGCCAAGCAUACAAAGACUUCAUUUGGUCACCUGAGCUCCGAUAUAGACUCUGUUUUCCAUCAGUUGGCUGAACAGGAGAAGAUGCUAACUAACGGAACAAACUCCCAGAUCACCUCAGAGCCUGAGGUGACCCUUACAAACAUAAAAGAACACAUGGAGGCAGCCAAGCUCCAGUUGGAGUCCUAUUCAAUGACGUUAAAUGAGCUAAUCGGCAAGAUCGAUGGGAAUGUGCCUCUGGAGCGCUUCGAUCGGAUCCUGAACGAGACAGCGCGCCGUCUGAGCAUGCUCCGCGUGUCUGUGGACAGCCCAGCUUUGGGCUCCAAAAUCCAAAAACUGCAUUCGGCUGCUAAGGAGCAAAAGAACCAGCUGUCCCUCGUUGAAAAGGAGAUACAGGAGAUCAGGGAAGAGAGAGCCAGCCUCAGGGACAUUGCUUUAAACCUGCCUCAGUCCUGCCCCCAGGCCACAGGAACAGGCAAAGGCUAGAUGACUGGGAUUAAGUCAUUGAUAAAACAGCUGAACAGCAGAAAAGUCUGGGAGGAUUUUGUUAAUAAAAGGGUUGGCUGUGG